AUGAAAUUAAAUGACUUGACAGAAUCAAGGAAAAUGUUGAAAUAAUAUAAGGAAAAGGAAGUGAGACCACCUAGAUCAUACAGUGACUUUUCAAAAUCUCCAAGAUAGUUAUAAUUAGAUACAACAUAAUUGUAUUCAUGGGGUAAGAAUAAUGUUGAAUGUAGGUUUGAAUAGUUGUGGUUAAUUAUUGAAGAAUAAUAAAAAUAUAACUCCUCAUUAUUAGGGAGUAACAUUAUGUUCAGCAGGUGAAAAUCACACAAUAAUAGUGAAUAAUAAGAAUGAAGUAAUAGGAUUUGGAGAUAAUUAAUUCGGUUAAUUGGGAUAUGAAUCGAAUAGCUAAAUAAAAUAGAAUCCUAUAUUUAAAGAUUAGAGAAUAACAAGUGUAAUUUGUGGUGCUGAACAUACGUUUAUGUUGACAGCAAAAGGAGAAGUUUAUUGUUGGGGUUUGAAUUUAAAAGGACAAUUAGGUUUAGGUAGUUUUGAUAACAUAAGUUAACCUACACUUGUGUAUGGAUUAUUACCAUUUGGUAAUAGUAAUGUAAAGGCAAGAGAGUAAUAAUAAGGACAUAAGAGAAUGAAAAGUGGAAAUGAAGGUGAUUAAUCUACAUCUCCAGGAUUGAAGGAGAGAUCUUCAUCUAUUGAUAAUAUUAUGGAAUAGAUCGUUAUGAUGAAAGAGAAGAUUAAAUAAAAGAAUAAUAAUAAUGAUAUUUAAUGUUAGAUAUUAUUAUAAAAUGAUGAAGCAGUUCAAUAGAUUGCAUGUGGUGCAUUACAUACAUUAAUAUUGACAAAUAAGAAUAGAAUAUUCUCUUGUGGUUUUGGUGAAUCAUAUGCAUUGGGACAUUAAGAAAAUUAGACAAUUAAUGAAUUUAAAUUAAUUUAAAAUUUAUCUCAUUUUAAAGUUGAAAAGAUUAGUUGUGGUUUAGCUCAUUCAGGUUGUUUAAUAGAAGGUGGAAAACCUUAUUUAUGGGGUGUUUGUAAAUCAAAUAAGGAUUAUUAUAAAUAACCCACAUAGAUUAAAAUGUUGGAUGAAUUCAACAAUUAAUAAUGUGUUUUAGAUAUGAAGAUGGGUGAAAUGUUUACAAUCUAUUUAACAAGUAAAGGUGAAGUUUAUUCUAUGGGAGAUAAUAUAUUAGGUUAAUUAGGUAAUGAAUUAAGUAGUUCAGAUCUUCCAAUCAAGAUUUUAGGAUUGCCAUUAAUAUCUUAGAUAUCUGCAGGUAGAAAUCAUUGUUUAGCUCUAUCUGCAGAUUAUAAAUAGAUAUACGGAUGGGGUUCUAAUAUUUAUGGAUAAUUGACUGGAUAACCAAGUUUAAAUAGUAAAGGAAUAAUAUUACCUAAAUUAUUAUUUACAGUUCCAGAGACUUAAAGAAUUGUAUGUGGUAAUUUUCAUUCUAUUUUAUUAUCACCUUCUUAUUUAGAGAUUAUUUUAGAUGAAAAUGAUAAUCUAAAUAAGGAAUAAGAUAAAUUGAAUGAAGAAGUUGAAAAAUAUAGAAAUGAAUAGGAAAUUCUAAAAUAAUAGAAUGCAUAAUUAUAAUAAAAAUAUGAUAGAAUGAAAAAUGAAUUAAUAUCUAAAAAGAAAGUAAAAGAUUAAAAAGUAUAGACAACUGAAUCCUAUCUAUAGAGAUAAAUAAAAAAAUAAUAAUCUAAAUUUGAUAUAUCAGCUUUAGAGAUUUCCCCAGAAAGACCUAUAAAACAUAGAAUAUUUUAAUCUAGUUUAGAUAUAGAUUUUAAUGAUAUAAUGUUAGAGAAAUAAAUAAGUGAAGGAGGUUACGGAGUAAUUUAUAGAGCAAAAUGGAGAGAAACAACAGUAGCUGUAAAAAUGUUUAAGAUAGAUGGAAUGAAUGAAAAUCAUAUAAGAGAUUUUUUAUCAGAAUGUCAUGCUAUGGAAGCACUUAGACAUCCAAAUAUUGUAAUGUUUUUAGGUGCUUGUACUAAACCACCUAAUUUAGCAAUAGUAUUAGAAUAUUGUUAAAGAGGAUCAUUAUGGCAGGUGAUAUAGAAUCAUGAUAUUCAUUUAACUUGGGAAGAUCGUAGAAAAAUGGCAUUAGAUGCUGCAAAAGGUGUUUUAUAUUUACAUUCUUUUAAUCCUCCAAUUUUACAUAGAGAUUUAAAAAGUCUUAAUCUAUUAUUAGAUGAAGCAUUCAGAACUAAAUUAGCUGAUUUUGGAUGGACUAGAACAUUAUCAAAUUAUAUGACAAGUAAGAUUGGAACAUAUUAAUGGAUGGCACCUGAAGUAAUAGCAGGAUAAAUUUAUACUGAAAAAGCUGAUGUAUUUAGUUUUGGAAUAAUUUUAUGGGAAAUAGCAGCUAGAGAGCCUCCAUAUAGAAGUAAUAUAGAAUAUAUAUUUAUUAUAUAGAUAUCACAGGAUUGUAGGUUUCAUUAGAUGUUUUAAAUAAUGAUUUUAGACCAACAAUUCCUAAAAAGACUCCAGAAGUGUUUGGUAGAUUAACUAAAAGAUGCUGGGAUAGAGAUCCAGAAAAGAGACCAUCUUUUAAGGAGAUUAUAAAAGAAUUAGAAAUGAUGAAAUUCCCUUAAGGAGUAUGAUAAUUAAUAUUAUAUUAUAUAGAUAUAUUUCUAUAAAUUAAUCUAAAUCUAAAGAACAUCACUUUUAAUUAUAUUUAUAUAUUCAAUUUAAUGGCAACAGGUUUAAAUUCAUAUAUAAUUUAAAGGUGGUCAAAUUCUAAGAUAUAAUGGUGGUACAUGUUAUGCAAUGUGUUAAGAUGUAUUCUCAUGGUACAAUCCAUCAAUUUAAAUUUGUUGGAAGGGAUGUGAUUAUGCUACCGGAAGAGUUAAUGAUCCUGUAUUGAGAUAGGAAGCAGAAGAUAUGUGCAAAAGAUAUACAGCAGAAGCUAUGUGGACUAAAAAAGGAGAAUUAGGUAGAUAUAAUAAAUAUAUUUUAUUAUUUAGACAACAUCGAAGACUUAAGAAUACAUGCUGAUAUGUUCCCAGAAAAUCCUAGGAAUAUUUAUAGAGCAUGUUUAGCAGGUGUUCGUAGAUAAAAAUAUUGAAAUAUUAAAAUAUAUAGAUAUAUA